AAUCGUUACCGGGAUCGGGAACGUGGAUGAAACACAUACUGCAGAUUUUCAAAGAAAACGCUUCUUUUAAGUUUAAUUAUUUUAACAGAACAAACAAUGCGGAAUUUUCUAGUUUCAGUUUUUCCGCCACGCUUUUGAUUUUCUAAAGUCUGUUUUUAAGUACGACCCACGCCAACUUUAGGUCAUUUUGGAUAUUUUAUCGAAACUUUCUUUGGAUUUUUGAAAGAAUAAUUGAAAAACAACAUGAACCCGCUGACAAUGUUUAAUUUCUUUAAUUGAGCCCUAUCAUUUACUGUUUAUAAUAAAUAUGAAAAAUGUGCUCAAGCUAAGCGAGCAGGAAUUGAAAAAUCCUUCAAAAUCAUCAUGGCAUGAUCAAUACAAGGAUAGCGCUUGGAUAUUUAUUGGAGGAUUACCGUAUGACUUAACAGAGGGAGACGUCAUAUGUAUUUUUUCACAAUUUGGAGAAGUUGUAAAUAUUAAUUUGGUAAGAGAUAAAGCGACUGGAAAACAAAAAGGCUUUUGUUUUCUAUGUUAUGAAGAUCAAAGGAGUACAGUUUUAGCAGUAGAUAAUCUCAAUGGGAUUAAGAUACUGGGAAGGUCAAUUCGUGUUGAUCAUGUAUUAGAUUACAAAACCCCCAAAGAGACGAAAAACAUAACUGCAGAAACAUUGAAACUACAAGAAGAAGGUUGUGAAGAGACUCCGAUCGUCCAUUAUGACCAAUCUAUCAAAGUAAAGGACGAGCCAGUGUCUCCUCAAAGGAAAAAGACUGACACACCAAAAAAACCCAAGAAAUUCAAAAAAGAAAAAAGCCACGAUAAAAGUGAAGGAAAAGUGAAAAAAGAGAAAAGUUCAAAGAAAAGAUCGAAAAUGCAUAAAAUAUCACAGAAAAAGAAGAGGUCUCGUAAACAUUCCCAGUCGGAAACAUCAUCAACCUCCUCGUCAUCAUCAUCGUCAUCUUCUUCUUCUUCUUCCUCAGAAUCCAGCACAUCUAGUGACUCAGACAGUAAUAGCUCUGACAGUUCCGACUAGACUAAAUUUGCCAAGUUUUGUAUAUAUUUGUAAUUAAAAUAUUUUUUUAACAUUUGAA